AUGUCAGACUUCAAGUCCUACAAAGGGCAUCACACGCUUCUCUUUGGAGAUUCGUAUUUUACCUCAAUAAUUGGGCCCAAUGGAUCGGGAAAGUCGAAUUCUAUGGAUGCGAUAUCCUUUGUACUGGGUAUCAAGUCCUCACAUCUUCGCUCAGCACAUUUGAAGGAUCUUGUUUAUCGUGGCCGAGUUUUGAAAACCUCCAAAAUAAAUGAUGAUGGCUCUGCGGAAACCCAGAGCAAUGGCAACACAGCGACCACAGCCGAUGACAAAGCUUCCCGUGGAGAUCCUAAAACCGCCUGGGUCAUGGCAGUGUAUGAAGACGAUGCCGGUGACGAGCAGCGAUGGAAGCGCUCCAUAACCAGUUCUGGAGCCAGCGAAUAUCGUAUUAAUGACAGGGUUGUUACAGCUCAGCAGUACAACGAAGCGUUGGAAUAUGAAAAUAUUCUUAUGAAGGCCCGCAACUUUCUCGUAUUUCAAGGCGACGUAGAGGCUAUAGCGUCGCAAUCCCCGCAAGACCUUACUCGCCUGAUCGAACAAAUAUCCGGUAGCUUGGAGUAUAAGACUGAGUAUGAAAAACUUCAGGCUGACGCCGAGGAAGCUGCUGAGAACCAAAAUUUCCAACUGCAUCGCCGCCGUGGGAUAAAUUCUGAAAUAAAGCAAUAUCGGGAGCAAAAGAAGGAAGCCGACAGUUUCCAAAGGAAGACCGAAGAACGGGACGCAGCCAUCGUUUCGCAAUGCCUCUGGAAACUCUAUCAUUUUCAGAAAGCCAUGGACGAAUCCAGUGCUGCUAUUCAGGACCACCAAGAGGAUUUGAAGGAGCUGAAGCGUAAUGUCGAAUCUUUUGAAGCACGAUUAGAUGAUGCUAGACGGGAUCAGAACACUGUUGGCCGUAUGGUGUCUCGUGCGGAGAAGGAGAUUAGACUGAAGGAGCGGAGUAUCGAAGAUAAAGAAAACGCUCUGGUGCCUUUUGAUGAGAAGGUUCAUGAAUCCUCACAGCAGGUUGAAAAGCUUCUGGCUCAAAGUCAAAAGGUGACGAAAGAGCGAGACGAGCAAGCCUCCAUUGUUGCAAAGGUCCAGAAAGACAUUGAAAGUGUUCAUAAGGCACAGACUAUGUUUGAAAAGGAGACGAAAGAGCAGAUGAGGAAGCAAGGACGAGAUAUCAGCGAUGCAGAUCGGAAAGAAUAUAACAUUUUACGGGCACAGGUCAUGUCUCGUUCCGGGGCAAACCAAGCAAAGCUGGAGAACUUGGAACGACAACGCAAAGCAGAUGAGGUUACCGUCAAUAAUCUUCGAGGCAAACUCGACACAAUCACAGCAGCCAUAGAAAAGUCCGAGGCAGAGGUACAAAAUAUUGGUGAGCGUAGGAGCUCGGCCGAAGCAGCGUCCAAAGAAGUUUCCGACGAGAUCGCAAGUAAGAAGAAGGAAUUCAAUCAACUGCAGUCCGAACGUGUGCGAACCAACCAGAAACGGACUGAACUUGAAGAGAAGCUUGAGGAUGUAGCUCGUAAGCUACGAGAAGCCGACGAUGGACGUCGCCAGAAUGACCGUGAGACUCGGACGAAGGAAAUGGUCACCUCCUUGAAGCGCAUGUUCCCGGGUGUGCGUGGUCGGAUUGGAGACCUAUGCACUCCGAAACAGAAGAAAUACGACGAGGCUGUGAUUGUGGCCUUAGGCAAGGACUUCGACUCAGUAGUCGUAGACACUGAGAAGGUUGGUGUGGACUGUGUCCAGUAUUUGAAAGAGCAGCGAUUUCCACCCAUGACUUUCAUUCCACUGGACAACAUCAAGGUCAACGCCGUGAACACAGCUAUUAAAGGCUUCUCUGGCGCGAGGCUAACCAUCGAUACCAUCAAUUUCGAUACAUCCGUUGAGAGAGCGGUGGCUUACGCCUGUGGAAGCUCUGUGGUUUGUGAUUCCUUGACGAUUGCCAAACAUAUAUGCUACGACAAAAAGAUUCCUGUAAAAGCUGUCACCCUCGAGGGCUACAUUAUCCAUAAAGCAGGUCUUAUGACUGGUGGACGUGGCCCAGAACCCAAGGGAGGCAAGCGUAAAUUCGAAGAAGUUGAUGUGCAGAAUCUUCAGCGAAUGGCAACAAAACUGAGGGAUGAAUUGGACAGACUGCCCAAGUCUGAUCGUCGUGGUGCGCAAGAAGAAUCUUUACAAAUCGACCUGGCCGGCCUGGAACGACGUUUUAGUGCCAUCAAAGACGAAUCGGCUGCGUUUAGUAAGAAUUGGACGAGUAAAAAGCGGGAGCUUGACAGUUACAAGAGGGAGUUGAGGGAUCUUCAACCAAAAUACAAAGAACAGGCGUCGCAGUUGGAGAGCGGCAAUGCCACUGUCAACGAAUUCAGGACUGCGAUUGCCCGUGUGGAGGAUGAAGUUUUCGCCGAUUUCUGCAGGAAGCUUGGAUAUAGCGAUAUUAGGGCAUACGAUGCCUCCCAGGGCAAAUUGGAGCAAGAGGUGUCUGAAAAGAGGAAUCAAUUUGACGUGCAGAAGCAACGAUUGGAGAAUCGGGUCAAAUGGGAGCUGACAAGGCAUGGUGAUACGGAAACGCGUAUUCGACGUAUGCAAGAUCACAUUCGGCGCCUGAAGCAAGAUAUCAAAUCUUAUUCAAACGAGAAAGCUGAAAUCGAAAAAGCUAUUCGUCAAGACCAAGACGAACUAGACGCAUUGCGGGACACAUUGGAGGAGCAAAAGGCUGAGCUGGCAGAUAAAAACCAAAGAGUGAGCGAAGCAAGAACUGAAUUGCAAAAGAGGAGCAAAGACAUCGAGGCACGGCAGCGUGAAAUCAACUCCCUGGAAACAACUGUACAGAAGAAUAGUGCCAGCAAGUCAGCCUUGCUGCGAAGAUGUCGGCUUGAGCAGAUUCAGAUCCCGUUGGUAGAAGGUACAUUGGACAACCUUCCAAACGAAGAUGAUCUCCUACGACAGGACCCUGACGCUAUGGAUGUUGAUGACGAGGAGGAGGACAUGAUGGACAUUGCGCUGGACGACCAUGGUAUUGCCAUCAACUUCGAUGGCCUCGACGGUGAAUUGAAAGAGUCUGAUGAUCCGGAAGUCGAAGAAAAGUUAACAGAAAAAAUUUCGGCCCUUGCGUUGGAACUCGAGAAGCUGAACCCGAACAUGCGAGCAAUGGAACGCCUGGAAAGUGUCGAGUCAAGAUUGAAGCAGACAGACCAAGAAUAUGAGGAUUCCAAAACGGCGGCACAAGUUGCCAAGGAUGCUUUUGCAAAAAUCAAACAGACGCGAUAUGAUCUCUUCAACAAAGCCUUUACACACAUUCAAGAGCAAAUUUCUCACGUGUAUAAGGACCUUACACGAUCCGAGGCGUAUCCGUUGGGUGGUCAAGCAUACCUCGAUAUUGAAGAGGAUACAGACAUGCCGUACUUGUCGGGCAUUAAGUAUCAUGCUAUGCCGCCUCUAAAGCGGUUCAGGGACAUGGAACAUCUAUCUGGCGGAGAAAAAACCAUGGCAGCCCUGGCCUUGUUAUUCGCCAUUCACAGCUAUCAGCCAAGCCCUUUUUUCGUGCUGGACGAAGUCGAUGCUGCACUCGACAAUGCAAACGUCGACAAGAUAAAAAAGUACAUCCGUGAGCACGCUGGGCCAGGAAUGCAAUUUAUAGUUAUCAGCCUGAAAACGGGACUAUUCCAAGAUUCAGAAAGUCUUGUCGGCGUAUAUCGAGACCAGGAGGUGAACAGUUCAAGGACAUUGACAUUGGAUGUGAGUGGAAUCCCCUAA